UACUGACAUACUCAGUCUUGAACGUCAAAUUUUGUUUGUUCUGGUUCAGGGAGUGCUAGUCUCUAGAAAAUCUAUCGUUUUACAAAGUAAUUUAUUAAUUAAUAUUUUAAAAUGUCGACGUCCAGCUUAUCGAUAUUCAAAACGGUUUUAUACUACUCAGUAUUCAUCAUUAUUGCUCCAAUUUCAACGUUUUUCUUCACCAAAAUUGUCUUCUUUGAAAAACUGCUGGGUACCUCUUCUGUUGCAAGCAACGUUUGGUCAGCAAUUGCAUCUAUAAUUGUUUUGCAUAUAGCAUUGGGCAUGUACAUCAUGCGAGCAUAUUCUGAUGCAAACAAAGUCAAGUCUGAUAAAGAGGAUAAAGUGGAUUAAAUGGUAUUUGCUCUAUUUUUGUAUUACACUGUGUGCAUUUUGUUACAGAAGUAGAUUUUUAAGAGACUUAAUAAAUUAAGUGUAGUAUGUA